CGCCUUGCGCUCGGCGAUUUUCAUUUCCUCUUUGACAACAGUGUUUUGGUUUUCUGACAGCUCGAGCGAAAUCGCUCUAAAGCCACGAUGGCCGCGUAAUUGUUUGCAGCAGAGGAACAGCAGCAAACACCGCAGUGCAUCAACCCAGUGCACUGAUUCCAACAAUAUUUAUAUCAAAAUGGCGUCCUUUGUGACAUUCCCCAUCACUGCUGUAGCAGACAGCAUAGAGGAGACCUUCGACUUCCACCAGAUCCGAGACCUUCUGAUCCUUCGCGUGACCCACAGCCAUGUCACUAAUGAGCUCACAGUUUGGCCUAGACGAUAUGGAGGCCCUGUUUUGGGGGCCUUCGACUCUGAUGGCUGACCCACUGCGAUCGCUACUGGACCCCGAUGACAUGAUGGCAUCCCCGUCCGAGGAAGCCGCGUCUUCGCCCCUCUCUUCUCUUUCUUCGCCCCCUUCCUCCUCUGCCUCCCCCUCGCCCUCCUCUCACUUCUCCUCCUUGCCCUCCCCUCCGUCCUCCCCAACGCCACUGCUGGACGACAAGGUGGGAGAGGCCCUGAUGCCCCUCGCCUGGCCACCUGCUGACCACCCGGCUCCCAGUGACGCUAAAGAGGACGCCUUCAGUGGGAUGGACUGGAUGGCGGAGCCGAUGGACCUGACAGACUUCGACCUGGACUCCUUCAUCACCUCGUGCGGGCCUGACGACCCCCCCAGCUCCCCCGAGGAACUCCUCUCCUCCCUUGACUCCCUGGAGGCCCAGCUGCCCCUGCCCCUGCCCCUACCGCCCCUUACCCCCACAACCGUCCCCAUGACAACCGCAACAGCCGUAUCCGCCGCCACCGUCACCCCGGUCUCCAUAGCAGCGGUCCCCGAGGUGCAGGCGGAGCUGGAGAUCAAGACGGAGCCCCCGUCCCCGGUGCCGUCCCCCUCUGUGCUGCCCCCACCGUCCCCAGACAUCACGCUGGAGCUGGGCAGCGAGGUGGACGUGUGUGACGCCAAGCCCAUCACCAUAACGACCGCUCCUCCCGCCAUCACGGCGAUGACCGCAGUGUCACCACAGCAGCAGGUGUCCCGCAUUGUGCUGUCCCUCUCCCCCACGCGCAUCGUUCUUCUCCUGGCCCCGCCUAAACAGGAAGUAGGCAUCGCUCCGCCCCCCUCGUGUGCCGCCGCUGCCGUCAAGAUGGCUGCCGCGUCAUCUCCUUCCUCUACAACGAAACACUACCAGGCCAGCAGCAGCAGCACCAGAACGAGGCCGUACCCGGUCCCCAGCCAGGCCCCCCUCAGUAGCCGCACCACCACUCGACCCAAACCCGGCCCUAACCCGGUGCUGGUGGUCCCGGCGGCAGCAGCAGCAGCAGUAUCAUCGCCCCCCUCCUCCUCCUCUGCUGCAGCCCAGCCGGCACCGGUGGUGUCCAAGGCCCGGUCCAGGGUGAUGGAGAAGAAGCAGCGCAAGAUGGAGCAGAACAAGACGGCGGCGACGCGCUACCGGCAGAAGAAGCGCGUGGAGCAGGAGUCGCUGCAGUCCGAGUGCUCGCGGCUGGAGGAGCGCAACCAAGAGCUGGCCGAGAAGGCCGACUCCAUCACCAAGGAGAUCCAGUACCUCAAGGAGCUCAUGGAGGAGGUGCGCCUUGCCAAGCAACGCAAGGCCCAGGCCCAAGGAAGUGGUGGCGUAUAGAGAGUGUUUGAAGAGUGUUAAGAGAAGAGCAAGAGAGAGUUGUGGAGGUGGUUUACAGAUGGCCCACUUGAGUUAGUGAAACCGAAAGACUGGAAAACAGAAAGGGUUUAUGUUUUUGAAGUGUUGGCUUAAGAAGACGAGAGGAGGUUGACUCGUGUGUCCUGUUAAUGUCAAGAGAUGCAUUUAAAUAUUUUUGUAGACUCACCUGUUACUUGCCCUUGCACCCCCCCGGUAUCCUCACACUAGGAACUGCAGUAUCACAGUGACACUUAUAAACAGUAUAAACAUGACCUACCCAAGUAAUUAUUAUCUUACUGCAUCCUAACUAUUUUUUUGUCAAGUGGUUUAGCCUUUAUGGUAUUCUUGUGCUUAGUAUUGUACCUGAUAUCUUUUACUGAUCAUGUAUCCUAAAUCUAUUUUAUAUCUUAUUUUGUACCAUCAACGUUGGUAUCAAAUAAACCUUUUAAUCUCA